AUUCUCUCCUUCUCUGCUUCAAACCACCAUUUCACCCUCGCGCUAUAAUCUUUGUCUUCUAUCAACUCUAAUCAAUACGGACCUACCCGCUGCGCGGACGACCGGUAAAAUUUUUUUCUAAUCUCUGAGCCUGCCUGUCAAAAUGGUUCUGCACAACCCCAACAACUGGCACUGGGUGAACAAGGAUGCGUCUGCCUGGGCAAAAGAAUGGUUCGAGGAAAACUUGACCAAGCUUGAGGCCGAGAAUGGAGACGUCAAGGCCAAGGUUACCAAGAUCCAGAGCAUGAGUGGUGACGUUGACGUCAGCCAACGCAAGGGGAAAGUCAUCACCAUCUUCGAUGUUAAGCUAGUGUUGGAGUACUCUGGGUCCACUGCCGAGGUCGACGAGGUCUCAGGUAACAUUACUGUCCCCGAAAUUGCCCACGACACGGAAGAGGACGAGUACGUGUUCGAGAUUGACAUCUUCUCAGAGUCAAAGGAGAAACAGCCCGUCAAGGAUCUUGUGCGAUCAAAGCUUGUUCCUCAGCUCCGGAAGGAGUUUCAGAAACUUGCCGAUGCCUUGAUCACUGAGCACGGAAAGGACAUUCAGCAUGCCCCCGGCUCCAACCCUUCCAGCGGCUUCUCUACCCCCCGAACCCUCCCCCAGGCCGCAUCAAAGACUGCGGCUCAACCCACAACUUCCCAAACUAGCAGCUCCGGCGUCGUCAACACGGUAACAGUGCGUGACGACCAGGAAUUCCGCACCACUGCUGAAGAGUUGUAUCAGACCUUCGUUGACCCUCAACGGUUGGCCGCCUUCACCAGGGCCCCGCCAAAGGUGUUUGAGGGAGCAAAUCCUGGAGGCAAGUUUGAGCUCUUUGACGGCAACGUCUCAGGAGAAUAUCUUGAGCUGGAAAAGCCCAAGAAGAUUGUCCAGAGCUGGAGAUUGAACCAGUGGCCGGCCGGUCACUACUCGAAGCUCAACAUUGAGUUCGACCAGAACGAUAUCGACCACGUCACCGUCAUGCGUGUCACUUGGGAGGGCGUUCCUGUUGGCCAAGAAGACGUGACCAAGCGUAACUGGGGCGAGUACUAUGUGCGAAGCAUCAAGCAGACCUUUGGAUUUGGUACCAUUCUAUAAUCUCCACAACAAACCAAUUGGAAAUAUAAACACUUUCUUUUAUAAUCAAAGCGCUCUAGAUGAGGGUAGAGACAAGGGGUCGGCAUCUCUACCAUUGGUGGCGGAUGGGUAUAUACUUUAUUAGUCUUGACAGGUCUACGCAAGACCUAGAUGCGUGUAGAUACGACGAAUAUGAAUGAUGAUACGAAGAUGUCUUAAAGAAGAAAAAAAGAAGGAAAAUAAAAAUAAAAUCCAUUAUUUCAACUUU